CAGGUCGCACUGGCAGAAGAGGUUGUUCUGUACACGGUGCACUUCAUCAUAAAGAUGACCUUCCUCACAUUCUAUCUCAGAUUGUGCCCGCAAGCCUUGUUUCGGGCAGCCGUUUUUGCGGGCAUUGCAUUCAAUGCAUCGGUGUAUCUGGGCAGCAUGCUGCUCACUCUGCUGCAAUGCGACCCAUUCGACGCGAUCGCACAUCCGUACCUGCACCCGGAAGCCAAGUGCCUUGACCAGUUCAUAGUGAUGAUCAUACCUCCCGUAUUGAACGUUGCCAUGGAUGUUUACAUACUUGCUUUGCCGAUCGGUAUCGUCCUCCAGCUCAACAUGUCCCUCCGACGUCGUUUGGGCGUGCUCGCCAUCAUCGGUGCCGGCGUCUCGUCGCUGAUAGUCUCAUGCGUCCGGAUCCCGUUGGUCCUCAGCCUGACAAGGUCGCCAGACACUUCCUACGAACUGGGGAAGAUGAUCAUCGUUGUCGCUCUCGAAAUCCAAUUCGCCGUCGUCGCCGUCAACUUGCCAUCCUUCACAGCACUGGUUUCAUCGAGAAGCGAGCAGAUGAAAAGC